GCUUCCUCUCAUCGUAUGUUACCCUAUCAAAAGUACCUUUGGAACAUUGGAGGGGUAUAGGGAUUUCUUCACAAUAGGGUCUGGGUGGAUGAGUAUUCAAGUACCCAUUACAGCGGACCAGCCAUCUUUCGCUUUCUCGUGUACCAUAUCCAGACGAGCGCACAAUUGCCGUAAAUACAAACACGUUGGCGGCAAGUACCUGCCUAUGCGACCUGUUCUGUUCGUGGUCUUACUACCGGAAUCUACGAUCCAAUUGCAGAGUCUUGACAUUCAACAGUCUCAACUCCAUACAUACACAUAUCCUCUAAAAUGACUCUACACAGCCGACCUCCAGUCAUCCGUGUCGAUGCGGAACUCUUGAUUCCCGGCCGCGGCGUCCCAAUACCACAUGCAACUCUUGUCUCCGAAGGGAGAAAGAUUGUCUACGUGGGCAAGCAAAGCACCCUCCCGGCGAAGUAUGCCCAAAUCGAAGGGACCGUGGUCCCCGUUCUCCUCCCGGGUCUCUGGGAUUGCCAUGUCCAUUUCUUUGGUGCGCCGUCCUUUACCCCCGAGGUCGUCACAUCAACUACUGCAGCGCUCGCAGGUGCUCGAAGCGCUCGUGACCUAGCAGCUACACUCAAUGCCGGUUUCACGUCGGUUCGGGAGCUGGGAGGCUACGGUGCUCAGAUCUCGGCAGCCGUCGAGGAAGGUUGGCUUGUUGGUCCCAACAUCUAUUCUUCUGUCAGUAUGCUCAGCCAGACGGCGGGCCAUGGGGAUGCACGUGAAGAGGAUAUGACAAUGAUAUGCUCCAAGAUGCAACAGAACAUGCCAUUCUACCUGUGUGACGGGGAGGCUGAGUGUCAGAAGGCAGUCCGCACCAUGAUUCGCCGUGGAGCUACCGUUAUUAAGGUUGCUACGACCGGGGGCGGCUCCAGCAAGGACGAGCUGCAGGCACGUCAAUUUUCGGAUGCAGAGUUACUCAUUAUGGUCCAGGAGGCUCAGAGGGGUGGAUUAGCCGUUGCGGCGCACUGCCAUGGCAAGGAAGGCAUUAAGGCUGCCUUGCGCGCUGGCUGUCGAACUCUGGAACACGCCAGUUUUGCAAACGACGAGUGUAUUGCACUGAUGAAAGAGAAAGACGUGCUUUUCGUACCCACCCGGACCGCUAUCAAUUUUGCCCUCUCAAAUCCCAAAGCAUGGACUCCAGAGAACUAUCGCAAGAUCGUGCAACUGGCCGACGCGAACCUUCGCGCCUAUACCAAAGCAAUCAAGGCUGGGGUUCGCAUCGCCUUAGGUACCGAUAUUGGCCUCAGCGCGACCUCACUCCCUCUCAACCAUGGCAUGAAUGGAAAGGAGUUUGUCUGGGCUGUGGAAGCAGGGUUGAUGCCGUUAGAAGCGAUUGAAGCUGGGACUGCAAGAGGUCCAGAAUCACUCAUGAUGAACGCAAUAGAGAAUGGAGACGAUGAGAGUGACGACGAUGGAGAGCCACCACUUACGAAGGCUCCUAAGAGCGGACAACUGAAGGUUGGUUUUGAUGCCGAUUUCAUCGCCGUCUCGGAAAAUCCACUGCUUGAUAUUGCUGUAUUAGCGAACCCUGAAAAGGUAACUCACGUUUGGAAAGGGGGGAAGCUGUUCAAGGAACCGGGCAAGCUAGCUACACUCAUCCUUCCGGUUCAUUGAUUAUUCUGCUUUGCAGCAACACCACUCCGAUCUUGUCAAGGAUUUCAAAGUAAGAUAUACUGGAAGUUUUUGUAAGUCUGUUUGGUCACUCUAGUUUAUAAAUUAGC